AUGAUGGGUGGCAAGGUCGUCACCAUUCAAGUACCGUACCUGUUCAAACAUUUGGUGGACGACUUGCCGUCUGGAGCUGCUAUUACGAGUGAAGGUAGUGCUACUGCUACGGAAGCAGCCACCGCGAUGAUGGCGGCGGACCCUUCCGCCUCCGUAGCUGCCGGAGUACCAGUAUUCCUUCUACUCGGGUACGGGCUUUCACGCAUCGCUUCAUCGGGCUUGCAGGAAUGGCGGAAUGCCGUAUUUGCGCACGUUGCACAAGACGCCAUUCGAAACGUUGGGCGGAGUGUCUUUGAUCAUGUCCAUCGACUUGAUAUGCAGUUUCACCUUUCCAGGAACACGGGACAGCUCAGUCGGGUACUAGAUCGAGGACAACGUUCGAUUUCCUUUACUCUCAACGCCAUGGUUUUUCAUAUUGCUCCCACUAUACUUGAAGUCGGUAUAGUCACAUCCUUGAUGGGAUACCAGUUUGGCUACGCGCAUAGCAGUGUCGUAAUGGCGACCGUGGUAGCCUACACCGGAUUUACCCUUGGAGUCACCUCCUGGCGAACGAAAUUUCGUCGCGAAAUGAAUCGACUCGAAAACCAGGCCAGUGGACGCGUGGUUGAUUCCUUGCUUAAUUACGAAACGGUCCAAUACUUCAAUAAUGCACAAUACGAGGGUGAGCGUUACGAAAGUAGUCUCAAGGGAUACCAAAAGGCAGCACUAGAGUCGCAAACUUCCUUAAGCUUGUUGAACUUUGGGCAAGCGGCUAUUUUUUCAGCGGGUUUGACGUCGGUCAUGUGGUUGACUUCACAGCAAAUUGUGGAAGGCGCAGCCACCGUGGGGGAUUUGGUGCUCGUGAAUGGAUUGUUGUUUCAGCUUUCCGUCCCACUCUUCUUCAUUGGGUCCGUCUAUCGGGAGGUGCGACAGUCACUGGUGGACAUGGAAGCCAUGUUUCAAUUGCGAGACACGAUACCAGCCAUUGUUGACAAGCCAAAUGCGCUUUCUUAUGAUCCGAGUACCAUGGGAACUUCGAUUGCGCUCCACAACGUACACUUUGCUUACCCAACUGCAGCGAAUCAACGACCAAUUUUGAACGGCACCACGCUGGACAUUGCUCAAGGCAAAACAGUCGCCUUCGUUGGUUCUUCCGGUUGCGGCAAGAGCACAAUUCUCCGAUUACUCUAUCGUUUUUACCAUCCUGAUCAAGGAUUGAUUUCCGUCGGUGGUCAUGAUAUUCAGGACAUGACGAAAUAUUCUCUGCAACGUGCCAUAGCUGUUGUUCCGCAGGAUACCGUUCUGUUUCACGAGUCCAUCGCGUACAACAUUCAAUACGGAGAUUUGAGCGCGUCCUGGGAUGAAGUGAUUGAAGCUGCCAAAAAGGCCAAGAUACACGAUACGAUUAUGAGUUUUCCGGAUGGCUACGAAACGGUAGUGGGAGAGCGUGGUCUCAAACUUUCGGGUGGUGAAAAGCAGCGCGUGGCCAUUGCUCGGGCCAUUUUAAAGAACGCCCCAAUCUUAUUGUGCGACGAGCCAACGUCGUCCCUCGAUAGUGAAACGGAAACAGAUAUUAUGAGUAACCUCAAAGAUGUUGGCAAAGGGCGGACCACGUUGAUCAUUGCGCAUCGACUGUCCACCAUUCAAGAUUGCGAUGAAAUUAUUGUCAUGAAUCGCGGGAUGGUCGUGGAGCGCGGCACACAUGAUGAGCUGAUCGCCAUGGGUGGCCGAUACACGGAAUUAAUCAAGAUGCAAGAGGCGGUAGUUGACGAAGACGAAAAUUAA